UUUCAUGGAAGAGUUUGAUCACCUCAAAAUUCAACUGAAAGAUAUUAUAUCGGCCACAGACAAUUUUGCACGUAACAAACUAAUUGGACGUGGGGGGUUUGGAUCGGUGUAUAAAGGAGAACUCUCUUGUCGGGAAGGACAAAUCAUAGUUGCUUGUAAGCGUCUAGAUCGUAACUUCGGGCAAGGAAAUGUUGAGUUCUUGAAAGAAAUCCUCAUGCUUUCCAAGUGCAAGCAUGAAAAUUUGGUCUCUCUCUUAUACUUUUGCAUUGAGGGUGAUGAGAGGAUCCUCGUGUACGAGUAUGCAUCUCAUGGGAGCCUUGACCGCCAUCUAGGAGACGCUAGUCUUACAUGGACACAACGUCUCAAGAUAUGCAUUGGGAUUGCACGCGGCCUAAAGUAUCUUCAUGAUCCUAAGGAGACUCAACAAAGAGUUAUCCAUCGAGAUAUUAAAAGCUCGAACAUUCUUCUAGAUGAGAAAUGGGCCGCUAAAGUUUCAGAUUUUGGUCUAUCAAAAGUUGGUCCUGCUAACCAACCCCGAACAUACUUGUUCUCUAAUGCUGUUGGUACCCCAGGGUAUUGUGAUCCUAUCUAUUGGGAAACGGGUUUUCUAUCAAAAGAGUCUGACGUGUAUUCUUUUGGAGUGGUGUUGUUUGAAGUAAUGUGUGGCGCAUUAUGUUGUGAAUACUAUGAUGGUGGGCAGUUUAAAGUUUUAGUGCAUAUGUGGCAAAAAUGUUUUGACAAAAAUAGACUAGAUGACAUAAUUUUUCAUGGUCUAAAGGAACAAAUGGACCCGUUAUCUUUUAAAACGUUUUCAACCAUCGCUUAUCAAUGCUUAAAAAAAGCUCGUGAAGAACGACCAACGAUGGCCAAGAUUAUGCAACAACUUGAGAUUGCUCUUAAAGUACAAGAGCUUUUUGAAGAUUUGGGAAAGAGCAUGAACUUUGAGAAAAUGAAGAAGAUUGCAUAUCGUGCGACAUAUACUCUAACCUACAUAUCCCAAAGUCAUCUUCUCUUACUUUUCUUGAAAGGGAUACUAGUUGACGAUGGUAAAACGUGGUUUUGGGUAAACAAGAAAGGAGAACAUUGUGAACUCAUAUCUGCAGAAAGAUGUAUUUCUAAAUAUGAAAGACUAUACCUCGAACCAAUUACAAGACCAGUUUCAAGAUUUCAAUUCCUAUUCAGGCAUUUAUCAACACCAUAUUGGAGGCUAACAGUUGAGACGCAGUUCUUAUCACCUCAUGUCACAUAUGUUGUAAACCUUGUCUAUGAUUCUGGAAAACGAGAUAUACCUAAUUUGCGUAUACCCUUUAAAUACAAAUGGAAUGCAACGAUACAAUAUUCAACUUCAUGUGUUGGAUAUUUGGGGAAAGAUGGAUGGCGAAGGACAGAAUUGUUCCAAUUUACUAGCACCAAAAAUGACUAUUAUUUUGACAUUGAGUUCUUGCGCGAGAAAAAGUCUCAGCAAUAUGAUCAAGAUCCUCCUAGUAUUGAAGGCAUUGAGUUUUGUCCAUUAGACCUUGAGACAGAUAAAAAAUUAGAGGAAAAGAAUAAGGUUGAUAAUCAACUAGUCACAAAUUCGGACAUUAAUUGGGGAAAAAAGUUGCCAAAUGGUUACUCCGAAAUACUCGAAUGGUCAGAGGACACGUACCAUUCAUUGAUGACUAAGAAGGAAGUCUACUUUCUUCUACGCAAAGGACUGCACCUCAAAGAUCCACAAGAGCGGUCUUCUAUGGGCGAGUGGUUUUCAAUCAACAAGAAUUCAAAAAAAUGUCAUAUGUUGUCUGCAAGAUGCAUUUUACAAGAAGAAAGCCUUGGAUGGAAUUUUCUAUCACGACGAGUAAGUUGGGUAUGGAAGUCACUACCAGGAUCAAGAUUUGGUGAGGUGGCUGAGACUUGUGAUAAAAAUCAUUUAGCUUUCAGUUUACAAAUAAAACCUCAACUCUUAUCACCAGGGACAAUCUAUGCCUGUUACCUCGUGUAUAAACUACCUGAAAAUACCUCCAUGUACGAGAACAUUGUAGCAACACAUUUUAGGAGCAGACACUCUUUGAAGUUUAGCCGCACAGAGCGAUAUAUCUAUCUACUUACUCCUCCUCAUACCCCAAUUAUCGAACUUAGCACAGAUGAAAGACCACCAAGAACCCGUAAAGUAAAAGGUCAUCCAAAACUAAGGAAGGAUGGUUGGAUGGAAAUUCAAGUGUGGGAAUUUCAACCAAAUGAUUCUUAUACCUAUUUUGAGGCGGAUGGUUAUAUCAAGAGUUUAAAUGAAUGGAAUUUUACUGGCCUUCUUGUGCAAGGCAUGGAGUUCAGGCCUGCAAAAGUGAUUUUUCGACCAUGUUAUGAUGGUAAUAUUUCUACUCUUUUGGAAUAAAUGAUCAUUAGUAAAAGAUAUAAUAUAUAUAUAUAUAUAUAAAUUUUGUAACGCUCUUUGUAUUCCUGUUUAAGCUUGAUUCGUGAAUCGGGUAAGAAAUUUAAUUCACUAUUGUUUAUUUA